UUGUGUUGUGCUCUGGCCCUUCCAAUGUAGAUACCAUGACAACGGUUCAUGCAGGGCCAGGUGAAAGGGGAGAAGAGCCAAUGCGUUCACGUCUCCAGAGCACAAGCAGUGAUGCUCUGACAGAUGACAGCUUCAGCAUUCCGACUGAGAUACCUGGAGACAUUCCUAGCGAGUCCAUGCUCCAGGUACCCCAGUCUGGUUCGUUGCCAAUGCCUUCACGGCCUGGCGUUGGGGGUUCAACUUUGUGGAACGUGCACAAUGAUGCGACAGAGGUACGGGAGGCCCAGUUGGUGCAUCCUCCCAGGAGUCACCUGGCAUUCUCUGGUGCCUCAAGGGGAUCCGUGGUGAACCUACCUCACCGCUCAGAAGUACGGCGGCGUCCGCCGCUGUUCCAGCAGCCCCUGGACUUUUGUGGCACGAGGCGGCCUCCCUUUGCAGUCUCGCCCUACCCUGUUGGACAACCAGCAGCUCUGCAGGGAGAUGGAGCCUAUGUGCCGAUUGAUGAAAGUUGCAGUCCAAGAAGUUUUAGUUCAAGUAGCAGUGAACCCGAAGAGGCGAGACCUGAGAGGUUGCGCGUCAACUCUUAUGCUUUUAGCCGAAUCCGUCCUGAAGGUCAGAACUUCCUGCCUGUGCAUCGGGCUAUGCGGGUCAACAGUCACGAUCGAGCUCGUUCUGUGCCUCUCGCAGAGAGAGACCAUAGAGCCCGCGUUAUUUAUGAAGUGACUCCGCGGGAGGUCCAGUCCGCCUCUGGUUCCAGCCGGCCUUCGGCUGUCUCAAGACCAGAAAUGGAGGCACAACAUACGUUGUCCGAAAGACCAUUGAGUCACCAUCUCUCUGCGCCGGAGCUUCCAUCGCCUUGGCAAGUUGCAGAGGAGCUUGGUCAGAAUGGCGGUAUGGCAGCUCCUCGCUAUUUGCUGGUGAGACUGGGUGAAUGUAUCCCUGCAGAGACUGGUGCUGCACCAGUUCAUCGUUCCAGAUUGGACUGUGGUCCACAAUGGAAAGACUUCCUCAACUUCGCGGAGUAUUCCAACCCCGAAGGUGUCUCUCUACAGGAAGUGUUGACGUGCCCUUGCUGCCUUAGCAUCUUCCGGCAACCCAUUGGGCUACCUUGUGGCCAUAGCUUAUGCCGUGGGUGCUAUGUGCGUGUCUUCUCGCAGUCAGCACUGUCUCGCAAAUGCCCUCUAUGCCGAAUGGAUCUACCUCGAUUUGACCUUCGAGUGAAUGUGGCAUUGGCUGCAGUGUCUGAUGCGCUGCGAUCCUUUCUGGCUGUACAAAGGCCAAACCCUCGGGUCAACCUGUCAGAGCAUCACUGAUGGCACCUGCAUGUAGCGAAAGUAGUUUGGCUUUGUGCAUUGUUAGACAUUGGAAGCCACCACUUUAAAGGUGGGGAGAGCUUUCAGUGGCAGUAUGUCCAAAA